CCAAAAGGUAGACACUUCUUGUAUGUAGAUAUGAGAGCAGUCCCAGUUUGGUUUAUCUACGAUAUGGUGGAUUAAUAAUAGUGGGCCGGUGAAAAGGACUCUCCCUGAAGCUUCCGUAACGUAGUGCCUUCCUUCAAUAUCGUGACGUGGAAUCUAAUUUGCAUAUUACCUGUCCAGGAUUAAUUAGUCACACUAAGACUUCUUAUAACGCUUUGUGUGCAAUCGUUGGCCAUACAGACACAAACGGCGGACGUAAGAUGGGGGCGCUGUGUUUUUCGAUCGUAUUAGCUUGUCUAUUUACAACACAAGUUGAAUCCAUAUGUCGUGUCAUCGCUGGUUUAGAAGGAAUACCAACAGGGUAUAGCCAUUUGUCGUAUCAACCCCUAACCACACAGCUACAGAACCCAGGACGGGGAUGGACGGAAGAAUACUCUAUCAGCGCAACUAAUUUCGAUCCCGUUCAGCUUAUUCAGCUAGACUCCCUUCGUCUGACAACGGGGAGUACCCUGGUGCACCGCCAUUACACACUCGAAGACUUCAAAACCACUAUUAUCUCACAAGACUUUUUAAAGAAGGUUGAACAAGACUUUAUUACCAUAAAGGAAGCUGGAUUUAUGGUUGUCCUCCGAUUUAGCUACAAAAAGGGACUCAUGGGAGAGGGAACAUAUGGUGACGCCACUUUGGAAUACAUUAAAAUACACACCGCUCAAUUGAAAUCACUCUUAACGAAUUACCAAGGUAUCAUACUUGUUUUUCAAGUUGGCUUCAUCGGAACAUGGGGUGAAUGGUUUUACACUGAUCACUUUGGAUACCCCUCACCUUUGAAUCCCCAAAAUUACCGUGAUCGUCGCGAAGUUAUUGAAAGCGUUCUUGAUGCAGUCCCAGAUAGUGUGCAAGUACAGCUCCGUGCACCGAUUUUCAAACGUGAAAUUUAUGGCUACCAACCUACAUCUAUCACCGACUUUUUCACUUACAAGAAGCCAAGCCAGAAAUCGCGUAUAGGUCACCAUAACGACUGUUUCCUGGCCGACAGCAUUGACCGCGGAACUUACUCUAACUAUAACGUGGAAUUCAACUAUUUACGCGAGGACACGAAGAAUGUAAUCAUGGGAGGCGAGACCUGUUCAUUAGACACUACGGACGAAAGACAUGUUUGUCCGAAUGCUGAGAUAGAACUUGAAGCACUUCACUACACUUUCCUUUCCCAGUCCUAUAACAAGGAAGUCCUAGCAAACUGGACAACAGAAGGCUGUUAUGGAUUGUUCGGUGUCAAGCUGGGAUACACUAUGGCUCUCGUCGAGAGUGUUCUGCCAAAUACUGUUAUUCGUGGAGGAGAGCUGUCUUAUUACAUGUUAUUGAGGAACAAUGGAUGGGCUGCCCCUGCUAAAACCAUGAAUGUCUACCUUGUGCUCAUGUCAUCAACAAACGGUAUAUACAAGGUCCCAAUAGAAACCAACACCCGGCUAUGGAUGCCCAAUGAGGACAUCUUCCUCAGAGGAAGUGCAAAGGUUCCAACAUCAGUCACUCCGGCCUCGUACCAGAUGUGGUUGGCGAUAGGAGACAAACAGUUGACAGAGGAAUCAGACUACUAUGUCCUCCUGGCUAACAACAUGGUUCCCUCUCCAGAUAUGGGCCUGAACAAUCUUACCCAUCCUAUCACCGUUAUUGAAGGAAAACCGGUGAUUUCUUCAGACUGUCCAAGGUUCGAGCCAUGGAAUCCGCCACAAUUUGCUCGUCAUCCUAGAAUCUUAGACAGUAACGCUUGUCUUAAAACACGAGUUCUGAAUGAUGACUUUGAGGAUAAAACGGCCUGGUCCGGCCUGUGGAAUGGCUUCCAUUACCGAACCGACGCCGCUCAGGCCUACAGUGGAAAUGGUUACAUCGAGGUGGUGCAUACUCCCGAGGGCGGAGGUGCCUACCAAGCUAUUACAUUCUUUGACAAACCGACAGUCAAUCUCACAAGAAUGGCUGUCAAGGCCUGGGGAAAACACGGCGGGUCUGUUAGUUUGGCCAGUACCAAUUUUAGUUUGUAUUGUGACGUCACGUUACAAGACGAAUCUGGUACGUACGGAUUGAAUGUACCUUUCCUAGGGGGACAACAGGGAACUUCCUGGAACAGUGUUAUCGUCACCAUAGAUCAACCCAAGGGUAUCCGGGCUGUUACCUGCUACUUGCUUUACAAGGGGUAUAACAGCGGCUCUGCAUUCUUUGAUAAAGUCGACGUUUGGCUACUUUCUGGAACCACCGGAUUUGAUGAAUGUCAAUAUACAUAAAAACGUCUGAAUCACAAUUUAAAUGGAACAUAUCUAAGUGACAUCUAUGGAAUAUUAUAUAUUUUCCAUUUAUCCGAAAAUAGAUUAUGGAGUUACGGUUGCCUAUUAUGAAGAUGUCACACAUACAGCAAGAUAACUUACUGUUUUGUUACGUACUAUUUUCUUUAUUAGAUGAUUUAACUUUAACCGUUGAACUGAAAAUCAUUGAACAUGAUUUGAUUGCUAAUCAUUAUAAGAUUAAACAGGAAUUAGAAUUAUAGUUAUGCAAUCAGUCUCAUAUUCAGGAUAUUCAUGUUCGUAUGAAAAAGUAUUCACUGUUGUAUAAGUUGAUUUAUUUCAUCAUAGGUUUGAUAAUUUGUGCAACAACAUAAAUCUUGAUAAUAUUUAUCUUAUUAUCAAUCCUCAUUAUUAUUAAAAUCAAUAAAUGGAUUUUGAAUUGUUAUCAAAAUAUUAAUUUCAUGAUAACUUGAAUUUGAUUUUAGUAAUUCAUGGGAAAAGUGUGGUAAAAUAUAUAUAUAUAUAUAGCAUCAAGUAUACGUUUAUGAUUGUAGAAUAUCAUUUUAAGUAUACCAUAUAACUAACAACUUCUAUAAUUGAAACAUCUGCAAAAAUACAUGUGUGUGGUAAGUAUUUAUAUAUAUAUAACCUUAAAGAUUGGUUGGAAGA